CAGCCAUGCCCGGUGAAGCAACAGAAACGGUCCCGGUCACCGAGCAGGAGAUGCAGCAGCCUCAAGUGGAGACUGCUUCGUCCCAGAAACCUCAGGCAGCCUCAGGCCCCGCAAAGCCAAAAGGCAAAGAUGCCAAGAAUGUAAAGGGUCCCUCGGCCCCAAAGGCGGUCCCUGGCAGAAGAAAACGCUCUUCUAUGUCUGCCUCUUCUUCUUCUCCCACUUCACCAAAAUCUGCUCCCCUUUCUGCCCCCAUGUCACAUGGGCAGUCUCCUUUGGUCUCUCCAACUGGUAACUCUCCUGCUAAUCAGGAUACCAGUGUCAGCCCAAAAGUUGUCAAGGCUGGUAAACAAGGAAAAGCUAAAAAGGUAGAGGCAUUCGUGUCUGCUCCUGUACAGGUGGACUGCAAGGUCCCUGACACAAGUGUAAAACCAGAGGCCAACUUUAAGAAACCGGCAGCUGAUGAAAAAAAAGCUGGUCCAGGUGGUAAUAAAUCUCAGUCAUCAGCUGCAAAACCUGUUGCAGCCCCUGCUGCAUUCAAAGUUACCUCAAAGCCUGCUGUUGCAGCACCAAUUUCUUUCAUGGAUACAGUUGCUUCAAGCCCUCCCAGACCAGCUAUAGUUACUGCUUCAUCAAAAGCAGCCCAUGUUAACUCUGCUGAUGAUGAGCUACCUCCACUGAUCCCACCUGUGAAGCCAGUUAAAAUGGCAUCUCCUGUUGACAGUUCUACCAAAGCUCCUGUAGAUGUUCCUAAAACAUCACCCAAAUCCAAGAAAGGUAAUGAGCCCAAAUCAGCCGCUGCCAAGCCGGCGCCUCCAGCUAAACCUGCCGAGGCCGCAAAGACAACACCUCUGGCAAAAUCUACUCCUGCCGAGUCUGUGAAGUCUGCACCCCCCGCAAAAUCUGCCGCUGCCGAAGCCGCCAAGAAGGCACCCCCGGCAAAACCUGCCGAGGCCGUCAAGGCAGCACCCCCGGCAAAACCUGCCGAGGCCGUCAAGGCAGCACCCCCGGCAAAAUCUGCCGAGGCCGCCAAGAAGGCACCCCCGGCAAAAUCUGCCGACGCCGUCAAGGCGGCACCCCCUGCAAAACCUGCCGCUGCCGAGGCCGCCAAGAAGGCACCCCCUGCAAAGCCUGCCGAGGCCGUCAAGGCGGCACCCCCGGCAAAAUCUGCAGAGGCUGUCAAGGCGGCACCCCCGGCAAAAUCUGCCGCUGCCGAGGCCGUCAAGGCGGCACCCCCGGCAAAGUCUGCAGAGGCCGUCAAGGCGGCACCCCCGGCAAAAUCUGCAGAGGCCGUCAAGGCGGCACCCCCGGCAAAAUCUGCCGAGGCCGUCAAGGCGGCACCCCCGGCAAAAUCUGCAGAAGCCGCCAAGAAGGCACCCCCGGCAAAAUCUGCAGAGGCCGUCAAGGCGGCACCCCCGGCAAAAUCUGCAGAGGCCGUCAAGGCGGCACCCCCGGCGAAAUCUGCCGCUGCCGAACCCGCCAAGAAGGCACCCCCGGCAAAAUCUGCCGCUGCCGAAGCCACCAAGAAGGCACCCCCGGCAAAAUCUGCCGAGGCCGCCAAGGCGGCACCACCUGCAAAAUCUGCAGCUGCCUCUUCUGUUGCUGAUCCUAAAGGUCCUAAAGCAGUUUCCAAGGCUGGACCUACAUCUGAAACUGUACAAGACAAAGCGGCUCCUGUUGGGCCUGUAAAUGAUGUCAAAUCAGUCGUUAACACCGCUAAAAAGCCAGGUGCAGAUAAAUCACAUGAGAUUGCCAAGCCAGCCCCUGAGAAAGGCCAUAAGCCAGUUGGUGAUCCCAAAUUUUCUGAGGUAAAGGCAGGACCUGCUGAGGCUUCUCAACCUGCCAAAUCUGCAGGUGUUCCCUUGAAACCUGCUCCAGUUGAGCCUUCUGUUCCUGCUCCAUCUUCCCGCAAACUCACUUUUGCUGAGGCAGUUGCAAAACCUGCAGCUGUAAAAACUGAACCUGCCCCUACACCCGCUAAAACCCCAGCCAAGGUGGAGCCUGUGAUCAAGAAUGAUGAUGGAUCUGGCACCGAGUCAGACAGUGACGACUCGGUCCCUGAGCUGGAGGAACAGGACUCUGCACAGACUCAGACACAACAAGCCCAGCUUGCAGCAGCUGCCGAAAUAGAUGAGGAACCUGUCAGCAAAGCCAAACAGAGCCGCAGUGAAAAGAAGGCACGAAAGGCGAUGUCGAAGCUUGGUCUCAGGCAAGUAACAGGAGUCACCAGAGUCACCAUUCGCAAGUCAAAGAACAUCUUGUUUGUCAUCACCAAACCGGAUGUCUACAAGAGCCCUGCAUCAGACACGUAUAUCGUCUUCGGUGAAGCUAAGAUUGAAGAUCUUUCUCAGCAAGCCCAACUGGCAGCCGCAGAAAAGUUCAAGGUACAGGGAGAAGCGGUAUCAAACAUCCAGGAAAACACACAGACACCCACAGUACAGGAGGAGAGUGAAGAAGAGGAGGUUGAUGAGACCGGCGUUGAGGUGAAGGACAUUGAACUCGUCAUGUCACAAGCCAACGUGUCACGAGCAAAGGCUGUACGGGCUCUGAAAAACAACAACAACGACAUUGUCAAUGCUAUUAUGGAAUUGACGAUGUAAAGGGACUGAAGAGUUGAAGAAAAGUUGCUGAUAUAAUCUAAGCUCAUUUAUACAAUUUAUACCCAAGAUGGAAAUAAAGUUGUGGCUUGAUAACAUUACAUUUUGAUUUCUUUUUUCUUUUAGAAAUUAAGUUGUCUGAUGUUUUUAGAUCUAAUGAUGAAUCUGUUUGAGACAGAAAUUAAGCCAAUAUCAUCAUGCCAAACUUUGAGAUCCUUGCUUCAUUUCAGAACUUCAUUUCUCUAUACACACAUCAACCCGUGUCAUCACACAGACCUUGCCUUUUGAGUAAUAUUACAAAUCUCUAGGAUGCCAUUUCCAACUCUUAAUGGGUUAAUUAUAAUUGAUGAUAAAAUGUAUCAAAGGAAGUUGUUUUUGGAUAAUGGUAGUUUAUAAAGAAAAGCUGAGAAGGACCUGUGGUCAAUUUGAUUUUCAUGCUUUGUGGAGCUGGAACAUUGUACUGUAAAGAUGAAAAAUAAAAAUGAAAACUGA